AUGAAGUAUCUUGAGUCAUGUGUGAAGACAAGGUACAUUCUCAGAGGUCAAUUGGCAAAAAUUGCACCGUUGGCAAAUGUCAAUAUCCGAGUCAACAUACCUACAGCUAAAGGUUCUUCACAUGACGACUAUGUUGUUGAGUUCAAUUUACCAUGGUUGAAGAUUGUAAUUGUCCACAACCACUUCAUGUUGAACGAAAGUCUUACAAACCCAUUGUUCGGAAAAGGCAAGUGCAACAUUGUCAGAGCUGUAAACAUUCUUUUCGAGAAAGGUUUGUUGGAACCAAUUCCAGAUGACAAGCUGACAGAAACUUUUGUACCAAAAGACGAAACAAACUUUUCACUGUUAGCAAGACCAAAAGUUGUUCCAGACAAAGUUCUAGUACAAAAGAAGUACACAAUUCCACAAGGAGUUGGAUUGUUCGGAUACCAACCUGAACCAGAAGAACUUCCAAUGAGGUUGCAAGAACUUCAAGAUGCUAUAAACAAACUU